CCCCGCGCGCCUGUGUGGUGUGAACGCGCAGCGCGCUCCCGUGUCGCGCGCAGUGACUCAGUGGAAAGGUUUACGCUAAACAGCUGUUCCCCGGAUCCGAGCGUCACCUCAUCGGCCAAAAACAUGUCCAAACUGGAGCAGAUCCUCAUCCUAGAUCCUCCCAUUGACCUGAGGUUCAAAGGUCCGUUCACAGAUGUGGUCACUGCGAACCUGAAGCUGAAGAACCCCUCAGAGAGGAAAGUAUGUUUCAAAGUGAAGACCACAGCGCCGCGCAGAUACUGCGUUCGGCCGAACAGCGGCAUCAUCGACCCCGGGGCCGCGGUCAUCAUCUCAGUUAUGCUGCAGCCGUUUGAGUACGACCCCAACGAGAAGAGUAAACACAAGUUCAUGGUACAGACCAUCUUUGCCCCCGCAGCCGCUACAGACACAGAAGCCUUGUGGAAAGACGUGAAACCCGAUGAGCUCAUGGAUUCCAAACUCAGAUGCGUCUUUGAGCUGCCGUCUGAAAACGAUAAAGCGAGUCCUCAGAAGAGAAACCUGCUCCACUGGUUCCGUGCCGCUCCGGGCGGCUUUAGAACGACAGGGUCAGAGGUCAAGGCCUGCAGGCCUGCGGUGGUCAGUGAGGGUCAGAGCAGAGAGCAGAAUAGAGACAUCAGUAGGGUAGGUCAAAGGUCAGCGGGGUCAGCAGAAGAGAACAUGUCACACAUAUUGCUGCUAUAAUGAUCAAACAAAUCUACCAGAAAUAUUAACUCAUAAACACUGUGAUUGAUUUAUAUUGGAUUUUUCAGCAUGUAAUAACAAAUACACAGAUACAAGCUCUUAUUAUCAUAAG